AACCUUGUUGGAAUCUACGUAUGCUUGUCCGGGUACUUCCCCCAUUUGUGAUCCCCAUUCUGCCUCUUUCCUCCCCCCAGCCUGUGACCCCCCACGAGCGGCUCCGUGUCCUGGGCGAAGGGCGGCUGCUGCAGAUCCAGCCCACGCAGGUCUCCGAUUCGGGGCGGUACCUGUGCGUGGCCACCAACGUGGCCGGCGAGGACGACCAGGACUUCAACGUGCUCAUCCAGGUGCCCCCCAUGUUCCAGAAGGUGGGUGAUGCCAGUGCGACCUUCGAGACCCUGUCCCGGGAGGAGGAGGCCCGGGGCGGGGUGACAGAAUACCGGGAGGUCGUGGAGAACAACCCCGCAUACCUGUACUGCGACACCAACGCGGUCCCGCCCCCGGAGCUCACCUGGUACAGGGAGGACCAGCCCCUCUCAGCCACGGACGGGGUGUCUGUCCUGCAAGGAGGCCGGGUCCUGCAGAUCCCCCUGGUGCGCGCGGAGGAUGCUGGGAGGUACUCGUGCAAGGCCUCCAACGAGGUGGGCGAGGACUGGCUGCACUACGAGCUGAUGGUGCUGACCCCACCUGUGAUCCCGGGGGACACGGAGGAGCUGGUGGAGGAGGUGAUCGUCAAUGCCAGCAGCACUGUCAGCCUACAGUGUCCAGCCCUGGGCAACCCCACGCCCACCAUCUCGUGGCUCCAGAACGGGCUGCCCUUCUCCCCGAGCCCACGGCUGCAGGUCCUGGAGGACGGGCAAGUCUUGCAGGUUUCCACGGCAGAGGUGGCCGACGUUGCCAGCUACAUGUGUGUGGCCGAGAACCCGGCGGGCUCCGCGGAGAAGCUCUUCACACUUAGGGUGCAAGUCCCCCCGCACAUCACAGGCCCGGACUCAGAGCAGGUCACCGCCACCCUCAACAGCAGCGUGUCCCUCCCCUGCGACAUCCGUGCUCACCCGGGCCCCGAGGUCACGUGGUACAAGGACGGCCAGGCCCUCUCCCUGGGCGAAGGCGCCUUCCUCCUGCCUGUUCCCCCCACCUUCAGGCAGGCUCUCGGCGGCCCCCAGGAUGGGUUCCCAGUGAAGGCAGGGGACAAGGCCGUUCUGAGCUGUGAGACAGACUCGCUCCCUGAGCCAGCUGUGACCUGGUACAAAGAUGGGCAGCCCCUGGUCCUGGCGCCGCGGACCCAGACUCUGCAGGGUGGGCAGAAGCUGGUGAUCCUGGACACCCAGGUGUCAGAUAAAGGUGUGUACAGCUGUAAGGUCAACAACACGGCUGGAGAGGCCAUGCGGGCGUUCGUCCUCACCGUCCAGGUGCCCCCAACGUUUGAGAACCCCAAGACGGAGACAGUGAGCCAGGUGGCUGGGAGCCCCCUGGUGCUGACCUGUGAUGUCACCGGGGUCCCUGCCCCCAGGGUCACCUGGCUGAGGGACAGAAUGCCCGUUGGUGAGUGCAUCCGAUUCUCCUCUUUUUAG